UCGCCGCGGUGCGCUCUCCAGCCCGGCCGGGCCGAGCCAGCGCUGCGCGCCGAGAAAGAAGACCUGGGCCAGCCAUGCUGUUUAUAUGGACAGUUCCACAGUAAUGAAUCAGUGUGUCUUCAGAGGGAUGGAAGAAAACAAGGAAAGGCCCAGGAGGCAGCGGCAAAACAACUUCCCCAUGUUCUCCUCCCCUAAAGCCUGGAAUUUCAGAGGGCGAAAACGCAAGCAGAGCACCCAAGAUGAGGAUGCUGUUAGCCUUUGUAGUCUCGACAUAAGUGAGCCUAGUAAUAAACGUGUCAAACCCCUUUCCAGAGUCACGUCACUAGCAAACCUCAUCCCGCCCGUGAAGGCCACACCGUUAAAGCGCUUCAGCCAAACCCUGCAGCGUUCCAUCAGCUUCCGCAGCGAGAGCCGUCCUGACAUCCUCGCCCCCCGACCCUGGUCCAGAAAUGCUGCCCCCUCAAGCACGAAGCGGAGAGACAGCAAGCUGUGGAGUGAGACCUUCGAUGUGUGCGUCAAUCAGAUGCUUCCGUCCAAGGAAAUCAAACGUCAGGAGGCAAUCUUUGAGCUUUCCCAAGGGGAAGAAGACUUGAUAGAGGACUUGAAAUUGGCAAAAAAGGCCUAUCAUGACCCCAUGCUGAAACUCUCCAUAAUGACAGAACAAGAGUUGAAUCAAAUUUUUGGAACACUGGACUCUCUCAUUCCUCUACACGAAGAGCUCCUUAGUCAACUUCGAGAUGCUCGGAAGCCGGAUGGCUCCACCGAACAUGUUGGUCACAUCCUCGUGGGCUGGCUGCCUUGUCUCAGCUCCUAUGACAGCUACUGCAGCAAUCAAGUCGCCGCCAAAGCUCUGCUGGACCACAAAAAACAAGACCACCGAGUCCAGGAUUUCCUACAGCGAUGUUUAGAAUCCCCCUUUAGCCGCAAGCUAGAUCUCUGGAAUUUUCUUGAUAUUCCAAGGAGCCGUCUAGUGAAAUACCCUCUGCUUCUUCGAGAAAUCUUGAGGCACACACCAAAUGAUAAUCCAGAUCAGCAACACCUGGAAGAAGCUAUAAACAUCAUUCAGGGAAUCGUGGCAGAAAUCAACACCAAGACUGGGGAAUCUGAGUGCCGCUAUUACAAAGAGCGGCUUCUUUACUUGGAAGAAGGCCAGAAAGACUCUCUAAUCGACAACUCGAGAGUGCUGUGCUGUCAUGGAGAACUGAAGAACAAUCGAGGGGUGAAACUGCAUGUUUUCCUGUUCCAAGAAGUGCUUGUGAUCACUCGAGCUGUCACCCACAAUGAGCAGCUCUGUUAUCAGUUGUACCGGCAGCCGAUCCCUGUAAAGGACCUUCUGCUGGAAGACCUGCAGGAUGGAGAAGUGAGGCUGGGCGGCUCCCUGCGCGGGGCAUUUAGCAACAAUGAGAGAAUUAAAAACUUCUUCAGAGUAAGUUUCAAAAACGGUUCCCAAAGUCAGACCCACUCACUACAAGCCAACGACACCUUCAACAAACAGCAGUGGCUCAACUGCAUUCGUCAAGCCAAAGAAACGGUUCUGUGUGCUGCUGGGCAGGCCGGGGUGCUGGACUCCGAGGGACCAUUCCUAAAUCCUGCCACUGGGAGCCGGGAGCCACAGGGAGAAACAAAACUUGAGCAGAUGGACCAAUCGGACAGUGAGUCAGACUGUAGUAUGGACACGAGCGAGGUCAGCCUCGACUGUGAGCGCAUGGAACAGACAGACUCUUCCUGUGGGAACAGCAGGUACAUUGAAAGCAACGUCUGACAGAGAGCCGCGCGUCUUACUGUACAGUGUUUGCAUUCCACACACGGGACGGUUUGGAGAAGCACUUUUUAAUACUUUUGUGACCGUGUGGACCCCGUCUCUUGUAUCUUUUAUCUUUAUCCCUAGUACUGUAACUGCCAAUCUGUCCGUGUAAGCUGGGGUCUGUGGCAACUCUUACCCUGUAUUGCAUUUCACAAGUGUCUGGAGGGAUGGAGAGGUACUUGAACAAGUUACUUUCACUUGUCCUGCUGGAUUUUAAAAAAUAGAAAAGAAUCUCUAAACUACUGUUUCAUGUAGAUUGCUUAAAGAGAAUCCUCCCUUGUUUCUCUAAUGCUUUUCUAGCUCUUUGACAUGAUAGCUGAAGGCAUGGAAUUUAUAGGGCCUGGCAAACAGGGCAUGAGGAAGUCACUCGUGUAUUGUGAUGGUAUGUGCAGGAAAACGGGAAAAGAUCAGUCCUUGCAGUGAACUUGGUUCAAUGUUGUCCAACCAGAAAGCAUGAAAACAUCCCUGGGGAUGCUGGACACUUAAUUGUGCAAAGGAAGAAGCACUGUGUUGACCUUGCAGUGUCAUCAAGUGCAAAUUUGAUGCAAUAAUCUAUUAGGACGUGGAACAGUGUCUGACCUUGAAAGGACCAGCAUGAAAGCAGCUGCCAGCUCUGAAUCUUGACCUGAAAUGCAUUUGCACCGGGGCGGUGGGGGGUACCUGUCAUAGUUGCUGGCUUGCCUUAGAGAGCCAUUUCUAGCCUAAGACACCAGGAUAGAACUCAAAAGUCCUGGGAAUACUCAGCAGGCUAAUAAGAAGGCCCAUCAUCAUUUUGUUUCAUGUGCCAAGGCCUGCUCAUAUUUUGGAGCAUUGAGGAAGAGGCCGCAGGUGAGUCAGUGACUCUGUUUACAGAAACAUGUGAGAGGAAGAGUUUGGAAGAAGUGCUUCAUCAUGACCUUAGGCGGGAAACAUUAGGAGAAAAACAAGGUCCAGUGCCCUUCUGGGAAAGGCCAGAGCCUUGGGUUUUCCUGCUCUGCUUUUGGGUCAUCACUUUGCCGUCUCUGGCUCUGUGCUAUGAUCAGAGUCAUAAUUACAUUCUCCAUAGGCCAAUUUUAAUUAACUCUAUGAUUAAUUAGGGUCAGUUAGCCAAACUAGUAACCUCUUUGUCUAGCCUUGAUUUACAAUGCAGAGUGGACUGCCGACCUUUAAAAAAAGUUAACUGAAUACACAGAAAAGCUCCCUGUGAGUGUAAAUAUUAAGGAUGACCUGUGCAAAAUUAUUCCCACACCAGCACUAGUAGUAAUGAUUCUAAAUUAUUGCCAAAAAGGUUUUUUUUAAUCUUCUGUGUCUUUCAAGUUUACAGAGAGCAGUAAAUGCUAUGUUAUCAUUUUAUUAUGUACAUCUAACAUGUGCAUUCAAAGAAGCUGUGUGACAAGAUGUAUCAAUAUAAAAACAAGGUAAUAUUACUUAUUUUUCAAAAAUGAAAAAAUAUUGUGGUCAAUUUUACCCUGUAAAACAUAUUUCUGUAUUUAUAGAUUUUAAACAUGGUGAAUUUUUUUUUCUAUUAUGAGUUUAUUUAAAAUUGCUUUGUUUCUCAAAUUGUUAUUGAUUUAGCAAGUGAGUGAACUGCUGCAGAUAGAAGCAGACAUAAGCUGAGAACCGAUGUUUGAUGGUGGAGGAAAGAGUGAAUCAUUCUCUGUAGGAGCCAUCGGCCACUUUGGUCAGUGUGUUGAGACAAGAGGUCCAUUAAGUGCUGGCCUAUGGGAAGAAAGUGAAUGUUUUACUGAAAUGAAUGUUUUUGUAUAAUGGCCUUAAAUUUUUCUGGAAGCAUUUCAAAUAAAUUACAUUAAAAUGUCACCUUCUUUGUGUACAGUAUGUGCCCAACAAAUGUCAAAUUUCAGCUGUCUUCCUGGGAGGUUCUUUCUGGAAUUUUUGCUUGUUGUGCCCAAAUACCAACUCUAAAAUAGGGUGCAGGUUGAAAUAAAUGCUUCAAUUU